GCCUUUGUCCUUUUCACUCGCGCUAUGUUCACCGGCUCUUUCCCAUUCAAGAUGUCGGCGACGUCGAUGUUCUCCAUGUGUGUCCGGGCGAGUAGGGGCCUCCUCACGCUCAGGAACUGGAGCAGACGUGGUUCAACCCCUGCAGUGGUGGACUUGAUUCGGGCACUUUCUACGGAGAAGACAACAGGAGAGGGCAGUGCUACAGGUGGACUCGCUCAAUCAAUCUUGCAAGAGAGGCUUAAUAAGCAGCAACAGAAUAGUCAGGGCCAGCCCCCUCCAGAAGGGGAUGGGGACUCGGAGCAGAAGCAGGACCAGGGAGAGGACAAGAAACAGAAGGAGAACACAGCCUAUGCCAAGAAGAUGGUGAUGCGGUUAGCAGGCCUGAUGGGGAUAGGGGGUGCGGUCGGCAUGGUGUACGUAUUUGGUAGCAAUUCAGUGGAUGAACAAGGAAACACGAUUCCAGAUGAGUUUGAUAACGACGCACCGGUUAUCCAGCAGUUGAGAAGGACGUUGAAGUAUUUCCAGGACUACAGACAGAUGAUCAUUGAGCCCACGAGCCCCAAGCUGCUUCCUGACCCCCUGAGGGAGCCUUACUACCAGCCUCCCUACACCCUGGUCCUGGAGCUCACAGACGUCCUGCUGCACCCCGAGUGGUCGCUGGCUACAGGCUGGCGCUUCAAGAAGAGGCCAGGCAUCGACUACCUGUUCCAGCAGCUAGCCCCUCUCUACGAGAUAGUCAUCUUCACUGCAGAAACAGGCAUGACGGCAUACCCUCUGAUUGACAGCAUCGACCCCCAGGGCUUUGUCAUGUACCGCCUCUUCAGGGACGCCACGCGUUACGUGGAGGGACAUCACGUCAAGGACGUGUCGUGUCUCAACCGCGACACUUCCAAGGUGAUAGUGGUGGACUGUAAGAGGGAAGCCUUCAGCCUGCAGCCUUUCAACGGCAUGGCUCUGACGAAAUGGGACGGCAACUCAGAGGACCGAACACUCUACGACCUAGCUCAUUUUCUCAAGACCAUUGCUCUCAGUGGAGUGGAUGACGUCCGCUCUGUCCUGGAGAACUAUGCACUGGAAGAUGACCCCGUAGAGGCCUUCAAACGCAGACAAGCGCAGCUAGCACAGGAGGAGGAGCAGAGGUUGGCAGAGCUGACCAAGCAGAAGAAGCAGGGCAUGUCCUUAGGCUCCAUUGCCGGAAGGUUCUGGCGUUCCAAACAAGAGUGAGUGGCGCUCUCACUCGCACCCACCAAUCGCAGCCCACCCCUCCACAGUGACAGGCCAAAAGGAUGGUGGGCCACAGUCACUCGGUGGGGUGGGCGGCGGGCAUCUCUGGACACGUGGGCGAGGAGACAAGGAGGAGAGACCAUCCAAUCAGCUGGACUUUUGACUGUUGCAAGCAUGUCUUUGGGGGGGGGGAGAUCACUUCCUGGAUCUCAGAUGCUCUGGUGUAGGCAGUGUAGCACCCCCCCCAUCGAAUCGUCUGUUGGCACUGACGU